UGGUCUUUCUACUGAUAAAUGGUCGCCUUUCAUUCAUGCGCAUGCGCCUAUGCGGACAGUUUUUUGCGCCCUGAUUAUCUCAGGUGAGAAAACUGCGCAGGUACCAGACAGAACCGAGCAGAACCUGGACUUAGUGAACCGGUACACACCUUAUAUCCACUUCAGACCACUGAAACAAGGCCGCGCGCCAACCUGAGCUCACCUGAGAAAGACCCGGAAGUGAGGUUGGGCGGCUCAGGGACGGAAGAGAAACAAUCAGAGUUUCGACUGAAUAAAUGUCACCUGCUCCUGAACUCGGAGCCAACAGGCUCCUUCGGGCCGAACAGGUGGACACCUGCGAUCACCUGAGGCUCGGACAGUACUUGUGUAAGGACCCGAAGAUCGAUGAGGCCACGCAGGAGCCGGAGACCUGCCGGGACUCGACGGCGUGGGUGGAGUGUCUUCCCGCUCCGAAUGUCACGUGCCGGCUCCCAAACGGAACAGAGUUCCGGUUCAGCGGGGACGAGGUGGGGUUCAACAGAACCAUCAGCUGCAGGAACGUGAGCGGCUAUUCUUACAAAGUGGCUGUGGCUCUGUCCCUGUUUCUGGGUUGGCUUGGAGCGGACCGCUUCUACCUGGGAUACCCUGCUCUGGGUCUGUUGAAGUUCUGCACCGUUGGGUUCUGUGGGAUCGGAACUCUGAUUGACUUCAUAUUGAUCACCAUGCAGAUCGUAGGUCCUGCUGAUGGAUCCAGCUACAUUGUGGAUUAUUACGGCGCCCGACUGACCCGGCUGUCCAUCACUAACGAGACGUACAGGAAGCCCCACCUCUCUUUGUGAGCACACCGGGUGGAGUGAUCUCCACGGAGAACCACCUGGAUCUGACCGUCACAACAACUCAGCUGCUCAUCACUUUUCUGUUUGACUGUAAACUUCCUUCAUUUUUAGGUUUUAUAAGACUAAGUUAUGUUUGUGAGACGUAAAUAAAGU